AUGGCCCAUACCUCGUGCGCUAUAUGCGGUCAAGAUGGUGAAUUUGGCGCCAAGCAACCGAAGGUCACCUGCACAUCUUGGAACACCACGACCGUUCCAUGUCCCAAUUGUGUCCAAGUGAAGGCGCUGGACGAGCACAUCGAAGAAGCACGAGCAUAUAUAAGGCAUCUCAAAGCCCACCGUGCUGCCUUACGCCGUGGCGCCAACACCUUUCACGACCCUUUCACAACUCUCGUCCCGAUCGAAAUAGCGUCGAAAAUCCUCUGUUUCUGCGUAGACGGUGAAGAAUUCAAAAGACGGAUACCGCUGGUCCUGUCUGCCGUCUCUAAGAGGUGGCAGGUCAUAGCGCACUCGACGCCGUUGCUGUGGGCCUCCAUUCGCCUUCGAGUGUACCCGCGUUCAAGCCGGUACUCGUAUGAAGACAUGCUCCGUCAUUGGCUCCAACGAUCCUCUCAGUACCCGAUUUCAAUAGACCUCCAAGUCGGCAGCUUCACGCACUAUACCAGAGAAGAACUCGAGAAUCAGUAUCGCCCCAUUAUCGAAAUUCUCAACGCCCACUGUCAUCGAUGGCGCAAACUUUCCGUCGCGAUGCCUAUCCAUCUACUUGGUCUCCUUAAGGGCAACUUUAAUGGAAAACCCCUUCUUUCUCACCUCGAGAUUCGCGGCACGGAUCCCGAUGACGACAAUGACGAAGGCAGUCAGAAUUGGAAGUUCGACUUAGGAACCUCUCUCCCCGCUCCCCACAUAGUCUCCAUUUCAGAAUGCAGAACACAGAGGAUUCACAUAAACUGGUGUAAUGUCACUAAUUUAUUUCUCAGGUUCUAUCGGCCCCAUGAAAUCUUUGCGCUCUUAAAAGCAGCGCCUCUUCUCCGCGAAUGUCGACUUGAAGGUCUGCUGGACGACGUCCAGGCCGCUAGCGAUUACCAAGACCUCCCCGUCGUCCAUCACAAUCUAAUCAAAUUCCACAUAGAAAUAUGGGAUGUCUCCUUAUCUCCCCUUUUCGGUGGCCUUUGUUUCCCAAACCUCAAUUCACUGUUCUAUUCCGGCUCCCAUGCCUCGAUGACGCCUCACGUAUCCUUCCUUUUGCGAUCCUCUUGCCCCAUCAAGUCACUCACUAUCCACCUAAGUUCCGACUCUGACCACCGCGCUGAACUUUUCGACAUUCUAUGGGCCGUACCGACCUUAGAACGCCUCGAGAUAAAGGGAGUUUGCCCAUUUGAUAACUUCUUCCAACUCUUAGCGGACGAUGAAGGGGGCUUGAAACAGCGGAGGUUCCUGCCGUCAUUGAUGGAAAUUUCCCAAGAUAGGCCACACAGUUGGACUGGCACGUUCACAUGGAAAGACAUCUCCAAGGCUGUCAAAACAAGGGCGUCUCAACACCGUGCAGAGCGCGGCCUGCCUGUUCUGAAGAGGUUCUGGUGGGACUUACAUGUGUCGCACUUGCCAGAAUUUGAUGACGGGUUCUACAUCGACGAAGGAAGCGUCCGGGUUUUCGAGCAGCUCCGCGCCGAUGGCAUCGAUAUCAAGCUUACCAACCAUUAUAACGAGAAGGGUAGGCGUGAUAUGAUAGUCUAUUCAAGAGCGUAUCAUGAUGCGAAGCGCGAAAGGGAGAAGAAACAAUCUACGAGCGACGAUUAG